GGGCCGCGGCCACUGCGUCAGUCCCAGCCUCGGCUGCGGGAGUCGAGUCGUCUUCGCCGCCGCCCCCAGCGGACGGGGCGGGGAUCUCGGUGCCAGGGCUCCGUCAGCCCGCCCCCGCCUCAGUCACCCGUCCGGGGCUCGGCCGGGCCGUCAUGGAGCGGGGCGGAACCGUGGCGCCCGUCGUGUGAGGUGCGCCGCCUCGGCUCGCCGUGGCCUCCGGAUCCACCGCUGCCCCUCGCCCUAGGCAGCCGAUCGCCGCCUCCUGGGCGGGCCCGAAUGCGCGUCCGGUGAAGGUGCAGGCCGGGCGCCACCGCCACCGCCGCCGCCGCGGCCGGGAAAUGGUUCGGGCCUAGCGGAGCGGGGACUGGAGGGAAUCUAGAACAACAGCAGAGCUGAGGUCACACUGCCAUAAGGAUGGACAUCAAAGGAGCUGUGUUUGGGACAAAAAGAAAUCAAGAUAAGCAACAUGAACCGUGAAGACCGGAAUGUGCUGCGCAUGAAAGAAAGGGAAAGGCGGAAUCAGGAAAUUCAGCAGGGUGAAGACGCCUUCCCACCUAGUUCUCCUCUCUUUGCUGAGCCGUACAAAGUAACUAGCAAAGAAGAUAAGUUAUCAAGUCGGAUUCAGAGCAUGCUUGGCAACUACGAUGAGAUGAAGGAUUACAUAGGAGACAGAGCUAUACCAAAGCUUGUUGCAAUUCCCAAGCCUGCAGUACCAACGACCACAGACGAGAAAGCAAACCCAAAUUUUUUUGAACAGAGACAUGGAGGAUCUCAUCAGAGUAGCAAAUGGACUCCUGUAGGACCUGCCCCCAGCACCUCUCAGUCUCAGAAACGCUCCUCUGGCUUGCAGAGUGGACACAGUAGCCAGCGGAGCAGUGCAGGUGGGAGUGGUGCUAGUAGUAGUGGCCAGAGGCAUGACCGUGACUCCUACAGCAGUAGCAGGAAAAAAGGCCAGCACGGGUCAGAGCACUCCAAAUCCCGAUCCUCCAGCCCUGGAAAACCCCAGGCUGUUUCUUCAUUAAGUUCUAGUCAUUCCAGGUCUCAUGGGAAUGAUCACCAUAGCAAGGAACAUCAGCGCUCCAGAUCACCUCGGGACCCUGAUGCCAACUGGGAUUCUCCUUCUCGAGCACCUUUUUCAAGUGGGCAACAUUCAAGUCAGUCGUUCCCACCUUCUUUGAUGUCAAAAUCUAGUUCAAUGUUACAGAAACCCACUGCCUAUGUCCGGCCCAUGGAUGGACAGGAAUCUGUGGAAGCAAAGCUGUCCUCUGAGCACUCCAGCAGCCAGUCUCAUGGUAACAACAUGACUGAACUGAAGUCCAGCAGCAAGGCACACCUCACCAAGCUGAAGAUUCCUUCUCGACCUCUGGAUGCAUCAGUUUCUGGUGAUGUAAGCUGUGUGGAUGAAAUACUUAAAGAGAUGACGCAUUCAUGGCCUCCCCCUCUAACGGCUAUUCACACACCAUGCAAAACAGAGCCUUCCAAAUUCCCUUUUCCAACUAAGGAGUCUCAACAGUCUAACUUUGGCCCUGGAGAACAAAAAAGGUACAGUACUUCUGCUAAAACGUCAAAUGGACACCAGUCAAAAUCUAUGUUAAAAGAUGACUUAAAACUAAGCAGCAGUGAAGACAGUGAUGGGGAACAGGAUUGUGAUAAGACGAUGCCACGGAGUACACCAGGAAGUAACUCUGAACCUUCACACCAUAAUAGUGAGGGAGCAGAUAACUCCAGGGAUGACUCCAGCAGCCACAGUGGAUCUGAGAGCAGCUCUGGGUCUGACUCAGAGAGCGAGAGCAGUUCCAGUGACAGUGAGGCGAAUGAGCCGUCCCAGAGCGCAUCUCCUGAGCCUGAGCCACCACCCACAAACAAGUGGCAACUUGAUAACUGGCUGAACAAAGUGAACCCACAUAAAGUCUCCCCAGCUUCCUCUGUGGACAGCAACAUCCCAUCGGCUCAAGCCUACAAGAAAGAAGGCCGGGAGCCAGGCGCUGCCAGUAACUACACGGAGCCGGGGGCCCCGAAAGAAGCGAGCUCUGCUACCCCAGGGCGAGACUCUAAAACCAUCCAAAAGGGGUCAGAGAGUGGCCGUGGGAGGCAGAAAUCUCCUGCUCAGGGCGACAGCACCACACAGAGGAGGACGGUAGGCAAAAAACAACCCAAAAAACCUGAGAAGUCAGCUGCUGAGGAGCCCCGAGGAGGCCUGAAGAUAGAAAGUGAGACCCCCGUGGACAUGGCUGCCAGCAUGCCCUCCAGCAGGCACAAAGCAGCCACCAAGGGCUCAAGGAAGCCCAACAUCAAAAAGGAGUCGAAAUCUUCCCCUAGACCUACAGCAGAGAAAAAGAAAUACAAGUCAGCAAGUAAAUCCUCCCAGAAAUCUCGGGAAAUCAUAGAAACAGAUACCUCGUCCUCAGAUUCAGAAGAGAGUGAGAGCCUUCCUCCCUCCUCACAGACUCCUAAGUACCCUGAAAGCAAUAGGACUCCUGUCAAACCCUCCUCGGUGGAGGAAGAAGAUAGCUUUUUCCGGCAACGAAUGUUCUCUCCCAUGGAAGAGAAGGAGCUUCUUUCCCCACUCAGUGAGCCCGAUGACAGGUAUCCACUCAUUGUGAAGAUUGACCUGAAUCUUUUGACUAGAAUACCCGGGAAGCCUUACAAAGAAACAGAGCCACCCAAGGGGGAAAAGAAAAAUGUUCCAGAAAAACACUCGAGAGAGGUGCAGAAGCAAGCCUCAGAAAAGGCUUCCAACAAAGGCAAGAGGAAACACAAGAAUGACGAUGAUAACCGAGCCAGUGAGAGCAAAAAACCCAAAACGGAGGACAAGAGCUCAUCAGGCCACAAACCAUCCAGCAACAGAGAGUCAUCUAAGCAGAGUAGUACGAAAGAAAAGGACUUGCUGCCUUCACCAGCUGGGCCCGCUCCUUCAAAAGAUUCAAAAACAGAGCAUGGCUCUCGGAAGAGGACUGUCAGUCAGUCAUCAUCCUUAAAGUCCAGCGGUACCAGCAACAAAGAGAACAGUAGCGGCAGCAAGAACAGCUCCUCCUCUGCGGCAAAGCCGAAGAGGGCUGAAGGGAAGGCCUCCAGCAGCACCAGAGAGGCCAAGGAGAAGGCUCCAAAUAGCUCCUCUAAUUGUCCUCCAUCUACACCAACUCCUGAGUCUUCAAAACCUCGGAGAACAAAGCUUGCCUUUGAUGACAGAAAUUAUUCAGCAGACCAUUAUUUACAAGAAGCAAAAAAACUCAAACACAAUGCAGAUGCUUUGUCUGAUAGGUUUGAGAAAGCCGUUUUCUACCUUGAUGCUGUAGUGUCUUUCAUUGAGUGUGGGAAUGCAUUAGAGAAGAACGCCCAGGAGUCCAAGUCCCCAUUCCCUAUGUACUCAGACACAGUGGAGCUCAUUAAAUACACUAUGAAACUAAAGAAUUAUUUGGCACCAGAUGCUACAGCUGCAGACAAGAGACUCACAGUACUUUGCCUGAGAUGCCAGUCAUUGUUGUACCUGAGGCUCUUCAAGCUGAAGAAGGAGAACGCUCUGAAGUACUCCAAGACACUGACUGAGCACCUAAAGAAUUCUUACAGCAAUUCUCAAGCACCUUCGCCUGGCUUGGGGAGCAAAGCUGUUGGGAUGCCCUCCCCUGUUUCUCCAAAACUGUCACCAGGCAAUUCUGGAAGUUACUCAUCUGGUGGAAGUAGUGCCUCAGCAAGUGGUUCUUCAGUGACCAUUCCACAGAAAAUCCACCAGAUGGCAGCAAGCUACGUCCAGGUUACAUCCAACUUCCUCUAUGCCACAGAAAUUUGGGACCAAGCUGAACAGCUUUCCAAAGAACAAAAAGAAUUCUUUGCUGAACUGGACAAAGUGAUGGGCCCUCUCAUCUUUAAUGCAAGCAUCAUGACAGAUCUGGCUCGUUACACCCGGCAGGGACUGCAUUGGCUUCGGCAGGAUGCCAAGCUGAUAUCUUGAACUGAACAUACUCUCGUUGCCUCUGAUUUUUUUCCACAACACUGUGUCACAUCACAAAGGAAAACUGCCAUAACACACCACCUAGUCGACACUAAGAAUGAGGAAUGGUUUUCUCCUCUUUGGUUUAUGUUAUUGUUUCUAUAACCCAAAGCUAUCAUAUCAAUUGACCCUUUGAAUAUUUCCAAUGUGACAAUUAUUUAAAUGCUUCUAAACCUGCAGUACAUCAGCAAGAUGGUUUUAGUAAUUGGAAUUCCACUUGCAAUUCAUAAAUAAUCAAGUAAAAUUCUAUUUAUUUUCAUUUUAUUCAAGUUCCCAGAUUGGAGCUUGUUUAAAGCUUAGUAUUUCUGCCUAUAAAUUUAUUCUGUUGAAUAUUUAGCAUAAAUUUAAUGUAGGCAUUUUAUUUAUAUAUUUUGGGAGCUGUGUUACUUAAUGUCUUCUAAGAUAAGAGUUCGCUUGUCCAAGACAGGACUUGUUUCUUUCUACAGUUACUCACCUAUGUUCUUUCAAGUCUUACUACAGUUUUAUUAUUGUAGGAUUUUUGCUUCGUAUUUGGGAUGCUCUUCCACAUGUGAAAAGUCAUUUGAGCAUGAGAGGAUGGCAUUCUAUGUGGGUGCAGAAAUGGAGUGGGUCUGGUUUGGUAUGCAUUAUUUCAAAACUGUGAAUGUGUGUUAGUAACACUAGCAAUCGCAAGGUGACUACAUUGCAUCUAAUGCAUUACAAAAAAGCAGAUAGAUUUUCUGGGGAAGCACAUGAUACUGAAUGGCUUCAUAAAGGACAAUCUUAAACUAUGAGUUUAUUAAAACCUUAUAUACUUUUUUUGUUUUACUCAUUUAACACUUGACUGAAACAGAGCAAGUUACUCCUAAAAACAGUGAUCCAGUUUCUGAAGGCUGCAGCCUGUAUUCAUUGAUAAUGUUUGAAGGUUAAAGUCUGUGGAUUUCCCCUAUGGUGGAGAGAUUGUGAUGGCAGAUAUGACAGUUCAGUAACUGGAGCUUGAAAAGAGGUGUCCCAAUGUCUAAUGUGGAGAUAAUGAAUUUCUCUUUCCAAAGAUCCUCAUCAAUGAUUUAUGCUUUUGAGAGGAUCAGAAAACUCACAGUAGCAGCUGGGCAUGGUUGUGUAUAUCUGUAAUCCCAGCAGAGGCUGGGCAUGGUCGUGUAUAUCUGUAAUCCCAGCACUGGGAAGUGAUGACAGGAGGACAGUCAGGAGGUCAGAGUUAUCCUCAAGCUACAUAAAGCUAGACAGUGAGUUUGGAGCUAGCCUGAGCUACACGAUCCCCUGUCACAUUAAAGAAAGAAAAUUUAUACUAGAAAAAGUACCUAACUUGGCUCAAAGUGAGCUUUCUUGGAAAGGGGGAAAUAAUAGGGUUAGUGCUUAGGAAGCCAGCUCUGUAACUAUUCCUUAUCAAACUACUGUUCCCGACCAGGUGCGUACAGCAGGGAAGGGCAAGGACUGUCCCUUCCUCUAUACUUCUUUUUAGUGACCCCGUCAUGUCUGGUGUGCCUUAAAUCUUAACUUUAAAUGAUAACUCUGUGGAUUGUUUACAGAUAAAGUUUUAUGCUGGGACCAGAUUAGCCAUGCAUGGUUGGUCCUCUACAAUAAUAAUUUCAAAUUCUCUUUGAUUUUAAAUCUUCCUUUAGUCACAAGAUAGAUUCUUUCAGAAAAGCUAGUACUUUGGUACCUGACUUAGUGUAAUCAAUUGGGUAUAAUGCUGCUUCAAAAAAUGGCUUUUCCUUCUCAUUCCAAAAUCCAUCCAAUUAGGGAGAGAAAUCCCCUAUUAGCAUAUGAUUGUUCAGACUUGAAUGGAAAGGGGGGAAGAAGGAUAGAAACUCUUCAUGAAGCGGUGUUGCAGAUCCUCUCUGACUCUCCUUCACUACCUAUUUUUGAAGAUAGUGAACUUCGUCCUGCAGUCCCAAAUCUAUAGAGCUUAACUGCUUUGUGUCUCAUUAUUUUUACUUAGCGUUGAGGGUUGAUAUCUAUAGCUUAUGCUGAAUUUAACAUUUUUCCCUUGGAGAAAUUGCCUCUGUACCUUUCUAGUUUAAUUGUAGUGUAUUUAAGGACUACUUCAGAGGCCAUCGGUUCCUCUCGUGUGCUAGUAACCUCCAUGGUUGUGUGUCCUGUCCUUGCCUCUUCUCUCUCACUCUGGCUCCUUCAUUUUAGGGAGGCCUUAGAAGUAGAACGAGCCCCCUCUCCCUCCCUGCGCUUUCAGCUUCCAGCAGCUGCAGGGCCGGGACCCUGCUUUCCAGCUCUGGUCUGUGUGCAACACACUCUAGAGUGCUCUGAUGUCAUGCUAAAGCAGAGUUUCCUACGUGUUUAUGGUGCUGCUUUAAGAUGUUUUCCCUUUAAAACUGUCAGUUCUUGGAGAAUGAAACUAUUAAACCGUUCAUUGUGGAGGAUUUUCCUCACUAGGUAGAAAUGGGCAAUGGAUCAAAAUCUGAUCCUAAGUGAUUACAUUUUUGACGUCAUAGUGUGUGAGAAUACGCUGUGUGUCUUGUCAGAUGUUUUGUCAGUCAUGUCCAGCACAUACCUUGGACUCCUUUACAAGUGACCAUCCCUCCCUCAGUAGGUGCCCUCAGUGUUCUUUAGCCAUUUAAAGCUGAUUUGACAAGUGGCUACAAACUUAGUCUGAAACUUUUACUCACUGUAUAGUUAGGAAUAGAAAUAACAACUAUCCUUAAUGCUCAGUUCACUGCUCUUAAGAUCACAUUUCUAUGCCAGGAGGCAGCAGCAUGCACCCCUGGACUCUGGACAGGCACCUCACACGAUCACAGUGAUGCAACUGUCACAGUAGUCCUGCCAGGGAGAGGCUGGGCUGUGGGGAGCACUCCCCUCCAGGCCUUCAAGACUACACAGCCUAACCCACGUCCCAUUCUGGCUGGAGAGCACCCAGCCCUUUCCUUGCUCAGUGACACCUUUUUCUGGGCAAGAAGUUAUGAAGUCACUUUAUUAUCAGUUAAGUGCUUCAAAUAAAAUCACAGAUAUAGCUGCUGAAGGGAGAAGAUUGACCACUACUGAUUUAAUUCUCCAAUAUAAAAGCAAUUCAGAAUAAUGUGUGCACGCGUCCACAGUUGCUGUUUUUUCUGGGAAGCUCUUGCACUAGGGAUUUAUAGGCAUCUGGGUUGCACUUUGAAUGACACACUUGUGGCUUUAGAGUAGCUGUUGUUCUUUUGUUUUGUUUUGUUUUAAAAUUGUUCUUUGUUUCUUUUCUUUAAAGGUUUAAUUAGCUAGAUUUGAGAGUAUCAUUUGUAUUUAACAGCUGAAACUUUGGUACAUUGACGUCUAAGGAAUGAGCUUGCAUUGUGUAGCCAGGGCCUACAAAGGCUCUUGUCAGGAAUACAAGCACCGCCUGGGGCUGGUGCUCAGAGGAGUUUUAGUGCAACCAGUGAUAGCUCCAUUGGGCGAUGCCUGGCUCAGUAGAGAAGGGGAUGCUGUACACUCUUCUAGGUAUGAAGGUAUGCGACUUUGGAUCUUAAAAAUUAUGUACACAUACACACUUUAUAUAUAUGUACGUAUGUAUGUAUGAAAACAUGGAAUUAGUUUGUCAAAAAUGUGUGUGUUUAGUAUUUUAGCUUAGUGCAACUAUUUCCACAUUAUUUAUUAAAUUGAUCUAAGACACUUUGUUCUUGGCUCCUUGAAUGUUUACGUUCAAGGAUGCAAUGUGUGUUCCUUUAGAUUGUUAAAGCUUAAUUACUAUGAUUUGUAGUAAAUUAACUUUUGAAAUAUAUUUGAGCCCUUCUGUAGUAUAAUAGGGCUCUUACAGGGUGGGAAAGAUUUUAAUUUUCCAAUAGCUAAUUGAACAAAAUGGCUUCGUUGUAUAUUUUGAUUUAUAGGAGUCUAUAGGUGUCUGGGUCCCAAGGCCAUCUACUGAGGAGGACUGUUUUAGGCGGGUGGGAUGGUGUGUAGAUUAUGCCUAAGUGACUUGGAAAACCAGAGUACCUUGUUCAAAUCCAGACUCCUGUAACUCAUUCCUCUAGAAUGUGGAGCACAAAUCCAUCCAGCUUCACAUUGCAAUUAGAGAGGCAGAUUUCUUUUCCAGUACUAUUGUACACCUAGUGAUGCUAUGAGUAAAAUCAGUAGAAAAACUGCUGAAUGAAGGUCUGGGGAGAUGCACUGAGGAAGUCAGCUGUCACAUUUGUAGAUGUACCUUUCCCAUGCCUUCCAGUGGAGGCGUUGAGCUGCGAGGAACAUGCUUAAGGUCAGAGGAGGCCAGGAGUGCGGGCGCAUGCCGAGGCAAAGGUCAGCCUUUGCUAGCUAGCGAGCCCGGGAUACUGAGACCCACUCUCCACAUUGGUGAGCCAGUGUGGUAGUGCAUGCUUUCAUUCUAGUGCUUGGAUUGUCAGUUUGAGACCAGCAUGCACUGCACAGAGAGACCGUGGAGAAAAGCAAAGUGGAGUAAGAGGAGGCUGUUCCGCAGAACUCCUGUUUACAUGAACCCCGUGGGUAAUUAAAAAGAACUACAGUGUCCAGAGCCGGGGGAUAGAAAAGAAGCUACACUUGUCUUGUAAAUGGUAUUUAGAACAAGGUGUUCAGGUGAAGUCUCAACUAGUCAGAGGUUUCAGCGGCUUACAUUGCUAAUAUUUAAGAAGUUGAUUUUCAGGACUGCCUGCAUGUGCCUCUCUCUCUUCUUGCUGCCCUUGUUCAGCUCAGCAGAAACUAUCAUCCUAGCAGAAACCAUCAUCCUAGCAGAAACCAUCAUCCUUAAACAUGGAGAGAGCUCUCAGAUGAGCGUGGACAAGCUCCCACCCAGAAAUCCUAAUAAUAUUUGGUUUUGACUGUGCUGCUUCUGUGUUAGGUUUCUUCUCAGCUUUUAGCCACUGGGGUUUUCUGCCUGUUCUGUACCUCUCUGGAAGAUGUCAGUUUGGAAGCUCUGCCUUUCACCCACUGCCACAGCGUCCAUGUGGCCAAUCUGGCUGCCCAGAGGUGUCCCCAUUGUGCUCACACCUGGCACAGCCCUGGCAUGAGCAUUCGACAGUAUGUGGGUGAGGGUAGGGUGGGGCUAGCCAACAGCCCUGGCUCAAUUGGCAGGGCCUGCAAAGGCCCCACUAAGGGCCAGACAAUAGGUUGGUAAGCACAGUUAGGGAAAUUUCUACCUAGCCUCCGUUUUGAAUGAUUCUGAGAAAUUUUAUAUAUGGAGGAUGGAAAUGCUUAUAUAUUUAUUGAAGAUCUUUUUAUUUGAAAUUAAAAUCAUUUGGUAAAUAAUGGUUUGAUAUUUGGGGAGGGUUUUGGAGGGGAAGUAACACGGUUGAUAAAGUACGGGCCUGAUGACUCUUCUGAAAGGUGCUGUUGCUGAUAGGAGAGAGGCCUUUAUCUUGUACAUGAUCCAAUCUUUGUCUUAUGUUUCUUUUAUCCAAAAUAUCUAGGCAUCUGACACUUUCAACCAAAAUUUCAAUUCUAUACUGUGAUUUUUAUUUGUUGCAAUACAUUAAAUUUCAGAGGUACUUUGGGGCUCAAAAGCUAGGAUUUCUAAGUCAGUAUGUGCAUUUCACAUAAUAAGCUGUUAAUGGUGAGCAAAGUAUUAUAUACUAACUAGAUUUUCCACAUCUGUAUAGUAUAUUAUAUGUAUUUUGUGGUAUUGAGAUUAUAGAAAGUUUAGAGUGUCAAACAUGCGUUUAAUGUGUAUUUUUAAACAAAUUUAUGGCAAUUAAAAUAUUUGGAGACAAGGGUAUCACAUUUCAAUUUGUAAAACUCUUUUUAACUCUACUGUGUCAUUACGAUGCUUUGUAUAAUGCCAAACCAUAGCUGGAGAAACUAAGUUUAAUAAAUAUCAGCUAGCUUUUCUGUAUAACGUUUA